AUGAAGUUUAGUAUCACAUUGUUGUCGGCCCUUCUGGCUGUUGCUGUCAGUGCCGGGCCUAUCUUUGCCCAGCAUGGUGGAAACACAGCCGUUGCUGUCACAAAGCGAGAUCUUAAGGCACUUAGGCGUGGAGGUGGUGGUGGUGGUGGCCAGAAUAACGCCAAUGCGCAGGCCAACGGCGCGCAGGCCAACGCCGCGCAAAACAAUCAGCAGGACAACCAGCAAGACGACGCUCAGGAUCAGGAUGCCCAGGCUCAGGACCAGAAUGCACAAGCUCAGGACCAGGAUGCCCAGGCUCAGGACCAGGAUGCUCAGGCGGACGCUCAGGACCAGGAUGCCCAGGAUGCACAGGCACAGGAUGACGAGGCCCAGCAGGCUGAUCAGCAAGAUGCUCAGCAGGGUAACCAGCAGGACGACCAGCAGGGUGACCAGCAGAAUAACCAGCAAGGCAAUAACAACGCCAAUGCCAACGGUGCGGAGAUUGAGAAUUCUGACCUCGAUGAGAGCGGAGACGUGGACGAACAGGAGCAAGCCGCUGCCGAGGAGGCUGACGUUAAUGGUGAUGGGUCGCUUAACGCACCAGAAAUAAUUGAGGCCACCGAUAUUGUCGAGGCUGCUGCGGGAGACAAUGCGCAGUAA